AUGAAGCAGGCGACGGCCUUUCACCGCCGGCGCGCGUUCUUGACAGAGAGGUUUGGCAGAAGGUUUGUCGCCGCCCGACGAGCGCAAGAGGCGGCCAAGGGUCAGGCGCCGCGCGACGAGGACCAGCUGCCGCAGCAACGCCCCGACCAGAGCAACUUGUCUCUGCACCCUGGGCGGCCGCGUUACGGUCAGGCCCCGCGCCGACCGCACAAGAAAACCGAGGCUGACAAGGAGAUGGCGCGGGCGGGGCUGCUCGGGGGGCACGCCUGCUUUGGCCCGGACGCUGACCGAGAGAUGGCGCGGGCGGGUGUCGGCGAAGUCGCGCCGCUCAUAACCAGAGCGCACAUCCGCCACGGGCGCCCCGAGAGCAGGGACCAGCGAGACGCGCUGUACGGCUACCGCGGACAGCGCGUGGGUGAGGCGAGCCACCCAGGGCCACCGCACAACGACGCUGCCCCAGCCACGCCGCCGCGCGGACGCUCGCAAGCGGACCUGCCCGAGCCAGCGGGCGAGGUUUCGGGCGAAUCCGCGCCCCGGCCGGCGGAAGCCGAGACUCCCCCUCGAGAGCUCUUCGGUUCGCCGGGCCGGUCUCUGUCGCCGCUGCCUGCCGGACAGAGCCACUUCAGCGCCGUGUUCGGACAGGCGCCUGCGGCCGAAUGGGACUUCUCUGGGCUGUUCGCGCCGCCGCGGGAGACAGCCGAACGCGCGGCGGCGGAGGAGCAGCAACAGCCGCAGCAACCACAGCAGGGGCCGGACUUCCAGGAGCCGGAGCAGCCAGAGGCCAGCGAGGUUUGCUACAUGUGCCAGGAGCCGCUCGACGACUCGAGGGUGCAAUGGCCCGACUGCGGCCACGUCCCGCACUGCUUCCACGCAGCCUGCCUGGCCCGGUUUCGCCCUCUCCGCCGCGGACUCGCACACCUGCGGAACUCGGGCGGCGAUUCCAGCCGGGUAGAGGACGCAGCGUGCCCGCUCUGCAACCACAGGUGGGGCGACGGCCCGAACUCUGCCGCGCGGCUCGCGGAGCUGGCGGGCCACCUUGGGCGCGGCGGGGGACUACCUUUCCGAGGGUGCCGCUGCCUGCCUUGCCGGGGAGUUGCAGGCGACCCGAGUUCCGACGAGGAGCGGGCCAACCGGUACCGAGGGGGGCCCCUCGUGCUGCCGGAGGGGCCGGCACCGCACGCGUUCGCCAUGCGCCCGCGCCACCCGGAGCGACCCAUGCGAUGGCGGCACUCGCGCGGGCCAGAUGGGCUGACGGGCAGCUGGGAAUGCGCCGCCUGCGAUGUCGCCCCGCUCGGUAGCGAGGUCCCGCCGCCGCUGGGCGAGAGGCCGCCGCAGCGCCCUUGCGGCCAGCCAGGGCAGGUCGGGUGGGUCGCCCGGGCCAGCGGGGACGCCGGAGGGCCUUGGAGGUGGCAGGGAAACUGGCUCUGCGAAAGCUGCGCCGCCACAGCGCUGCCCGAGCCAGAGGCCGCACAGCCAGAACGGCCGCCAGAGACAGGAGCAGGAGGCGGGAGCCCGGACCCACCGGCGGCGGACGGCCCACGAACCCAGUUCAGCGGCUGGUCGCCUCCACGACACGCUGCAGAGACCAGCCGCUACCUUAACUCCUGGAUGUACGUGCCGCUCCUCCUGGACGCCGCGGGCCAACUUGACGUGCAGGAAGCCGCCGCGUGGCGACAGCACCCUGCUGCAGCACACUGGUGGGAGAACGCCGCGGCGUUCCUCCGAGAGAGGCCGCGCGCCGACGUGUCCGCCUUCCGCGCGGCGGGCCCCCUACUGCCGCAGGCUCUCGGAGACGGGCUGCACGGGGACCAACUGGGGCUGCCAGCGGUGGUAGGGCUCCUUGCCGACGACAGAGGAUACGUGCAGCCGAUCGCCCAGGACAUCGUGAUGCAGAUCUUCGGGGGGGUGGACUUCAUCCGCGCUGUGGAGGUGCAGGCUGACGCCUACAGGGCACGGCUUGCGCGCGGUGGCGGAGGCCGGCGACGAAACCGGCGCCCGGCGCAGUCUGCCUUCCCCGACGCCGCCUGGGUGCUUCUUGACGCAGUGGACUUGGAGGCCGAACUGCGCCGGCGGGUGCCGUGCAUCCGGGCGCCGCCGGCUUUCCUCCGCGGCCGCCUUCGCCAACUCUACCACACGGUCCUCGAGGAGGUCCUGCGCGCAGACGCCCUUCCUGGCGACGCCGACGGGCUGCAGAAGGUGAGGGCGUGGAAGCUCCUGGUUCUCAUCUGGCGCAUGCUGCUGCGACGGACCGCGAGCACUGGAGCGCCAGGGCGGCGAGAGCUCGAAGCGCGACUGGAGCAGUUCGAGGACGGCUCCUGGGAAGCGCUGCUGGCCCCAAGCCUGCAAGGGCAGCGGCCUCCGGGAGGAGCGCGCGGCGCGGGCGACGCCGAGGCGAGGCGCCAGCGCGUCCUGGAAGACGCGGUGGCGCUGGUCAGAGCAGGGGGCCUCAGCAAGGCGCGGCAGCUGCUCGCCUCGCGCGGGCUGGCGCCGGGCACGGCGGAGACUUUGGCAGAACUGCGAGACCCCGCCCGGCGACCGCCGAGGCCCGCCGCCGACUUGCCGCCUGCCGCCCGAGCCUUCCAGCCGGCUCGACCCGUCGAGCUCGACCGCCGCAUCUGGACCGACUGCGUCCGCUCCGCCCCGAAAGGGUCUUCCAGCUCGCUGAGCGGAGCCAGCUUUGAAUUGCUCAAGCUGGCCUUGGACGAAGACGAGACGCUCGAGCUGCAAGCUGCCGUGGCGGAGCGCUACGCGCGGGCCAAGAUCCCAGCGAGCGUUGCCCGCGCCCUGGGCACAGGCCGCAUGACGGCGCUGCUGAAGGCCCACGACCGCGGGCUGCAGGAGGCGCUGCACGACCUCCUCGACCUCGACCCCGCGCCAGCUGAAGCAGAGAGGCUCUCCCGAGUGAGCUCGCUGCCGCUCGGCCUCGGAGGCCUUGGACUCAGGUCAGCCGCGCGCACGGCCGAGUGCGCGUACUGGGCGUCUUGGGCGGACGCGCUCCCCAUGUUGCGACAAAGAAACCCUACAGCAGCAACGGAGCUCACCGCCACCCUCCUCGCCGGAACAGGCGCCGCAGCCUCGUGCCUCCAGGAAGCUGAGCGCGCGAGGGCUGCCGCCGCCCGCGACGGCUUUGCGACGUGCCCAACUUGGCAGGAGGUCUGGGACGGCGCGCGCCCUGAACAGACAGAGCCAGAGCCAGGCGAGUGGAAGCACGGAUGGCAGUACCACGCCUCCGCAGCCCGAGAGCGGCGCUACAGGGAGGAGGUCGUUCUCCCGAGCCUCACAGACGACCAGCAGUGGAUGCUCGACUCGCAGGGAGGCCGCUGCGGCGGACGGCACCUGGCCCUGAUCCCCACGACGCCAGAAAGCACGUUCACGCCAGAGCGCUUCCGGGCACUGCUCCAGAGACGGCUCCGCUUGCCGCUGGACGCCACGGCAAGCAGGUGCAACGGGCGCUCCUGCCAGGCCCACUUGGACGAGAGAGGCGACCACAGAGCAGCUUGCCCCCGCAGCGGACGCCUGCUGAAGCGCGGCGCUCCCAUCGAGCGGAUGUGGGCCCGGGUGUGCCGGGAGGCAGGAGGCCGUGUCCGCACCGACGUGUUCCUGCGCGACAUGAACCUCCCGGGCAUUGCCGCCAACGACGGGCGCCGCAUCGAGGUGGUGGCCAACGGCCUCCCUGCCUACCACGGCAGGCAGCUCGCCAUCGACGCCUGCAUCGUAUCCCCGCUGAGGGCCACCGGCAGGCCGAUUGCGCGGAGGCUCCGCCCAGGACUCGCGCUGAAACGGGCGAGGCGCCGCAAGCAAACGACUUACCCUGAGCUGGUGGGCUCGCGGCGGGGCUACCUGCUCGUAGCCGGAGCAGAGACGGGCGGCCGCUGGGACGAGGAGGCGUACAAGCUCCUCGUCACCCUGGCCCGCGCCCGGGCGAGGAGCGCGCCGGCGGCGCUGCGAGGAUCGCUUGCGACCGCGCUGCUGCACAGGUGGAGCGGCAUGUUGGCGUACGCCAUCCACGACGCCCUGGCCGCGAGCCUGCUCGAGGACGUGCCCUCUGAAACGCUAGCGACAGACGGGGAGAAUCCCUGGCGAGGGGACGUUCUGUCG